AUGGACGAUAUGACAGAAUUCAAAGUACUGGCAAACGACGCUUGGGGUGGAAUCAUGCACGUCAGUAGCCCUAUCCAUCGUCACACCAAAGGAGCUUCGUUCUCUGAACUUUUCGGUCGAAACAAGAGAGAAGCCACCUGUUGGUGUGCUCCACGUGCUACCAACUGUCCAGCUGGAGCUGCCGGAAAGCCAGGAGAUCGGGGAGAACCAGGAGAGCCAGGUCCACCAGGAAAGCCGGGAAGUGACGGUGCUCCAGGAGAAAGUAAACCAACUCCACCACCCAGCAGUCGAAGCUGUAUCAAGUGUCCAGCUGGAGAACCAGGAGACAAGGGACCAACUGGACCAGCCGGCCCAGCUGGCCGUGAUGGAAUCCCAGGCGAAGACGGCUUCCACGGAAACGACGGCCAUCCAGGUGCACCUGGACCGCGCGGAGAUCAAGGACCAGCUGGACCACCUGGAUUGGUCGGCCAACCAGGCCAUCCCGGUCGCGAUGGAAGAAAGUCGAUUCCAGUACCAGGACCAAAAGGACCACCCGGCUAUCCAGGACCACGUGGUGAACAAGGAGAAUCUGGAGAGACUCCACCACCCUCGCCUCCAGGAGAGCCAGGCCCAGAAGGUAAAGUGGGACCACCUGGUCCUCCAGGUCGAGUUGGCUAUGGUGGCAAAGUUGGUAAGCCAGGCGCACCCGGCCCAGACUCCGGCUACUGUCAGUGCCCCAAACGUGAGAAUGCGCCAGUACUACCAGAACCAACUAGACGAGUGGCUGCACCAAAAGCCGUCGCUCCACCUGGUGCUAUUGCUGGCAGUUCGGCCAACCACGGAUACGAUAGUGCUCCAGAGAGUGUUGAACACGCUCCAGUUGAACAUCAUGCUGCUCCUCACACUCCAGAAGCCAACGCUGGUGUGCCAUCUUAUGUGAAGAGAAUUAGAUUGUAA